GACGAUACUGUUACUGAUAUAGCAGUUGGUUGUCCACAGCUUGAAUAUUUAUGCCUCUCGAUGUGUCCUCAGAUUACUGAUCGAGCACUCAUUGCUCUCGCGAAUAGUUGUCGAAAGCUGAGAGAUCUCGAGCUAGCAGGUUGUGCUUUACUUACUGAUCAUGGUUUUGCUUCUCUCGCUAAAAAUUGUCAUGAACUAGAGCGAAUGGAUUUAGAAGACUGCUCAUUAAUUACUGACACUACACUCGAAAAUUUCAGUAAAGGAUGUCCACGUCUUGUUAAUCUUAGUCUUUCACACUGUGAAUUAAUAACGGAUGCGGGUCUACGCCAAUUCUGCCUCAGUCAUAAUCUUAAAGAACGGCUCAAUGUCCUCGAGCUCGACAAUUGUCCGCAAAUAACAGAUAUUAGUCUUGAAUAUAUGAGACAAAUGCGUUCUUUACAGCGAGUCGAUCUUUACGACUGUCAAAACAUAACGAAAGACGCGAUUAAACGGUUUAAAGCUUACAAACCAGAUGUAGAAGUUCACGCAUAUUUUGCUCCAGCUACUCCACCUGCUUCUAUGCAACCAAAUCGCAGCGGUAUUUGUCGAUGUUGUGCAAUUUUAUGA